AUGCAACACAUUAACCAUAGAUUCAGUUACUUCAUAGAUAACUACAUUCUACUACUUGCAGAGCGGUUUGGUAUUCCACUCAGCACUGAGGCCCCUUCAGAACGCAGCGGCGGUGACGACGUUGACGAUAUCGAUGGGAGCGGUCUCGCGAAAUGGGAGCAAGUUGCCGAAUGUGUGCGGGAGGCGUUGAGUCGCCCGAAGACGGCAGAAGAGCGCCAAGCGCUUCUUCACGUCGACGUGAGUAUGCUUGAUGCAAAGGUUUGCCGCGGGAGGUUGCAAUAUCUCAUAUGGCAAGCUGAAAGGUCGGUGGAGGGUGGGGUUGGGGAGAGGAUAAAAGGAAAGGAAUCACCAUCCUUUUCGGUAUUUAAUAUCACACGUGACUCACUACGGGACAAAAUUCAGGGCAUAUAUGCCUCGGUUCGGGAUCAUUUACCGAGCACAAUCGCCCCUCGACGCAACCACAACGGGAAUUCCACCGGGCCCGCCGUUCAAAGUGGUUCACAGGGAGAUAAGGACGUUAUGGAUUACGAUAGUGACGGUGACGGAAGCGAAGGCAGUCUUCAUGUCGUUGAUGUCGUUUUGCCAACGGAGGCGGAGGCUCGGCGUAACCGAGUGGUGGCGGAAGCUCGUGAUGAUCUUCUGUCGAAGAUACAAAAAAUGCAACUGGAUUUCUUUGAGAAGCAUAGACGAUGGGUGGACGUUCCCUUCGAUUUCGACACUGUUCCUAACGAUGGUAGUGGGCCUGAGGAAACAUCCCCUCAAUCGGACAGCACUGGACUUUCGAAAUCCGCCGCGCGAGAGGCACUGGAAAAUGGAACUCCAACUCGGUUACCACCCAGUAGUGAGAUGCCAGAGCCCACAAUGCGCAACGAACUUGCAGGGGAAUCUGAUGGCCCUAAACUUGAUCCGAUAAUGAGUCUUUUCAACGCCCUGCGGGAGGACCGUCGCGUCGGGCGCCCACCACGCCCUUCUCAAAUGAGGGAAGAGGAUUACGAAAAGCAAUACGUGCAUGCCUCAACAAUGCCCUCCGCCCCCGCUGGGUUUCCUAAUGCAUUGGAUGGACAAACUAUCCGCCGUUUCAAUGGGAGGCCGAGCACUGAGUCCGUGCGAACGCCGGAACCCGAAAAGCCGGCGAAUGAGCCUCUGCCCAUCAAGAACACCAUCAGUAAUGGCGGCGCCGUGACACAUGAGGGGCGCGCACCACAGCUACGGGCAAAUAGGUGGAAUGUUGUGGAGUACGACGGUGAGGAUAGCUCUGAAAGUGAGAGUAGCACCGAUGUAGAAUGCGUGACGUAG